CGCCGCGACCCCGCGCGCCCGCACCAUGGCCGGCCCCGGCCUCGCCUGCUGCCUGCUCGGCCUCCUGGCGCUGACCUCCGCCUGCUACAUCCAGAACUGCCCCCUGGGCGGCAAGAGGGCCGCGCUGGACCUCGACGUGCGCCAGUGCCUCCCCUGCGGCCCCGGGGGCCAAGGGCGCUGCUUCGGGCCCAGCAUCUGCUGCGGCGACGAGCUGGGCUGCUUCGUGGGCACGGCCGAGGCGCUGCGCUGCCAGGAGGAGAACUACCUGCCGUCGCCCUGCCAGUCGGGCCGCACGCCGUGCGGGAGCGGGGGUCGCUGCGCCGCCGCCGGCAUCUGCUGCAGCCCGGACGGCUGCCGCGCCGACCCCGCCUGCGACCCCGACGCCGCCUUCUCCCCGCGCUGAGCGCCUUUCAGAAGAAGUGAACUACAAUAAAGCAGUUUCCC